AUGACAAAACGUCGUAGUAGUCAACCAGAUAUUCGCAAUAGAACAGAUAGUCAGUCCAGUUUAAUGCGCCGGAGAAGCAUCACGGAAACGUACCCAAGACCUUCUGUUUUUGGAGGACAUGACUUGUUACUCGAUCCUCUUUUCACUGUUCAACCUAUGCAAGUGGGAAAUCAUCCGGAGAGUCCAAUACACAAUGUUCGGGAACUUUUGGAAGCGCAUUUAGAGGAAACUCCAUUAAUUUAUACCGAAAUGUUGGAUUUAGAUAAGGAUGAUAAAGCCAGAAGACAAUGGAAACAAGUUGCCAGAUGGAUUAAGUAUGAGCAGACAAUUGAAGGCGAUGGUACUCGAUUUUCCAAGCCACACAUCACUCUUUUGUCGAUAAUUGGUUUGAUACAACUAAAAAAUUGUCUUCGUAAAGGAGUUAUUAUGUUGGAUAUUGAAGCACAUUCUUUUAACGAAAUUGCAGAUGUGAAAACUGUUAUCAAAAAAGUACCAAGUGAAGGUGCCGAGAAUGAUUUGCAGGAAGAAAAUAUUCUUGAUUUAACAUCUAAAGAGAUGAGAAAAUUAGCAGAAGGUACAGAAGGAGCAGUUAUUAUGGCUGGAAUAUUUAAUGGUAUUGACCGACCGGUAUGCGCAUUCCUUCGACUCGACAGAGCUAAGGUUUUUUUCCCAGAAUUGCCGAAUGUACCGAUACCUCUAAGAUUCGUAUUUGUAUUGCUCAAUCCUCAUGAUCAUUACGACAAUGAAACACGUGGCAUUGGUAGAACUGUAGGCGCACUACUUUCGGAUGAGAUAUUUAGGAAGGUAGCGCUAUGCUCACUUGAACCGUAUACUAUCGUUGAUGCACUGGAAGAAUUUUUUGCACAAGUAGUUGUUAUCCCACCUGGAAACUGCAGUAUAGAAACUCGAUGGGAACCGAAUGCUAACUCAGAUCAGGUAGCUCGCUCGGUUGGAAUGCUCUAUGCUUCAUAUGAUGAUCCAUUUGAUGGAGAACCAGUUUUGGAUGGUAAAAAAGAUACACAUACCGACAUCGUUCGUAGCGGUCAUUUAUUUGGCGGCUUGUGUGAUGAUAUCAAACGUAAAGCACCACACUUCGUAUCCGACUUCACUGAUUUCUUCCAUGGCCGGUGGAGUCAGUCCUUUGCGGCAGUUAUAUUUUUAUUUUUUGCAAACAUUACAUCAAUCAUAACAUUUGGUGCUGUCAUGGAACGAGCAUUGCAUCAUCAAGUUGCGGCUAUCGAGAAUAUUCUCUGCGGAGGUAUCAGUGGAGUCAUAUUUGCUCUGUUUUCUGGACAACCGCUCAAUAUUCUGUCCGCAACUGGUCCAACACUUGUUUUUGAAACAAUUUUGUUCGAUUUUUGUUUAACAAACGGUUGGCAAUUUUUACCAUUUCGGUUUUGGGUUGCUGCGUGGAUUAGUGUGGUAUUACUUAUUUUGGUUGCUACCGACAUGUCCGCCCUUGUUGGUCUAAUUACCAGAUUUACGGAAGAGGCAUUUGCUGCAUUGAUAUCAAUUGUCUUUAUAAUCCAGUCUUUUGAAAAACUUAUUGAAAUUAGUCACGAUGCGCCAAUCAUUGUUGAUCCCAAGAGAGUAUUUGAUUCACCGUGCGUUUGUUAUCUCAAUGAGCCAAUGGUACUUUCAAAUAACAUUACUGUGCGACCAAGGAUCAUGGAUAUUGAUGCUGAGGAAUGUCGUCAACGUGGAGGCGAAGCAUUUGGGUUACAGUGUCACUUCAAACCAGAUGUCUAUAUGUUAUCCAUUUUGCUAACCUUUGGUACUUUCGCAUUGUCCUAUGGCUUAAACAUUUUCAGAAGGACACAUUUUUUAAAUUCCACGGCUCGUAAUAGUAUAUCGGAUUUCGGUGUUCUCAUCGCUAUUGUCGUGAUGACAGCUAUUUCGAAAUUCAUAGGUCUUGACCUACCUGUGCUCAAUAUUCCUGCUAAUUUCCGGCCAACGAUUGACCGUCCAUGGCUUAUCAAUCCAUUAUCAGUAGAUUGGUAUGUUGCUUUGAUAGCUGUAUUACCAGCUAUAUUUUACACAAUCCUGAUUGUCAUGGAUCAACAGAUCACUGCUGUUAUUAUCAACCGAAAAGAUAACAAACUGAGAAAAGAUUUUGGAUAUCAUUUGGAUUUGUUAGUGAUUGCAUUGCUGAUAGUCAUUUGUGGCUCGCUUGGGUUACCAUUUUAUGUGGCCGGAACAGUGCUAUCAGUAAUGCACGUGGAUUCGCUUCGUUUACAAUCUGAUACAUCAGCUCCUGGUGAAAAGGCACAAUUUCUUGGUGUUAAAGAACAACGUCUAACAGCAAUAAUAGCUCAUCUGCUUAUUGGUUUUUCAGUUUUCAUAACACCUGUUAUCAAGUUAGUACCUCUUCCGGUACUUAUUGGGAUAUUUUUAUAUAUGGGUGUUGUUUCGAUGCUUGGUUUGCAGUUUAUCCAAAGAAUUGCCAUGCUUUUUAUGCCGAUCAAAUAUCAGCCUGACUACGUGUGGUUGAGAUUGGUUCGUAUGAAACGUGUCCAUUUGUUCACUUUUUUUCAAAUUCUCAGUAUUGUUGGUUUGUUUGCUGUGAAGUAUACAAAAACAUUCUCAAUGCUGUUUCCCUUGAUGCUGGUUCUAAUGGUAAUUAUUAGGAUGUUUUUCAUGGAAAAAGUUUUCACGAAGCAGGAAUUACUAGCAUUGGACGAUCCUGUGCCUUCAUUCCAUUCGGUUAUCAGCCCGAAGGGACAAUCUAUAAAAGCUAGAAAAGGAACCGUUGGUGACGAAGAAACGGAAAAUCCGAGAGAAGCAGAGGAAGGAAAGAAAAAGGCUAGCGGAAAUCGAUGA